AUGGCCGAAACGUUCCCAUCGUCAGCCGUCGGCGGGAUGGCGGCCCUCCAGCAGCAGCAGCCGCACCCGCAGACGCCGCCGACGUCGCUGUCCAUCGAGAAGCUGGUGCGCGUAGGCUACUACGAGCUGGAGAAAACAAUUGGCAAGGGUAACUUUGCCGUUGUCAAGCUCGCCUCGAAUGUCAUCACAAACUCAAAGGUGGCAAUCAAAAUAAUCGAUAAAACAUGUCUGGACGAGGAAAACCUGGCGAAAACGUUCCGCGAGAUCUCGAUACUGAAGGUGCUGCACCAUCCGCACAUUACGCGCCUGUACGAGGUGAUGGAGUCCCGCAACAAGAUCUAUCUGGUGACGGAGCACGCGGCGCAGGGCGAGAUCUUCGAUCACCUGGUGGCGAACGGGCGCAUGAAGGAGGAGGAAGCGGCCCGCAUCUUUUCGCAGAUCGUGUCGGCCGUCGACUACUGCCACCGACACGGGAUCGUGCACCGCGAUCUGAAGGCCGAGAACGUGCUGCUCGACACGGACAUGAACGUAAAGUUGGCCGAUUUCGGGUUCAGCAACACGUUCGUCGAAGGGCAACCGUUGCGCACGUGGUGCGGUUCGCCGCCGUACGCGGCGCCGGAAGUGUUUCAGGGUGUGGAGUACGACGGGCCCCGCUCGGACAUCUGGAGUCUCGGCGUGGUGCUGUACGUGUUGGUGUGCGGAGCGUUGCCUUUCGACGGGACGACACUUCACGACCUGCGGAGUGUGGUAGUGGCCGGGAAGUUCCGCAUUCCGUUCUUCAUGUCGCAAGAGUGCGAACAGCUGAUCCGCCACAUGCUGGUGGUGGAGCCCGAGCGACGGUACACUCUGAAGCAGAUCGCACACCAUCGCUGGAUGGCGCAGUAUAACGCGAUUCCGCUGCUGCAUCUGGACAGCUGCUCACCGGUGGUGGGCGAUGGUUUGGCUGACGGUGAGUCACAGCGAUCCGACGGCGGCGGUGGCAAUCUCGAUGCGGUCGUUAUGACGCACAUGCUGCAAUUGCCGGGACUUACGGCGGAUAUGAUCGCGCAGUCGGUGCACGAGAACCGCUUCGAUCACAUCUACGCCAUCUACAGCCUACUGGUGGACAAGCUGCGCCAGAAGCGUAAGGAGAAAGGCCGGUUGCAGCAUCAUGCCAGUCUGGCAUUUGCGCGCUCCCGGAAGACGAGCAUCACGACGGGUGUGGUCGAUCGGACCGAGCUGCUGCAGAACGAUUCGCUCGAACGGCUCAGUCCGCUGACGAGUGUCGGAUCCACGAUCCUGAACAUAUCGGCCGGACUGGGCGGAACGGAGGAGCUGGAAAAGUAUGACCUAGAGGGAUCGGGGAUCCCGCCGGUGGUGGGCGGUGCGGGUAAAGUUCCGGAGCCGAACGAUCGGCAUCUAUUCCCGCCUCCGGUGGCGGCCGGUUGUGGUGGAAACACUCGACGGCAUACGGUCGGACCGGGAGACGUGGCCCACGAGCAGGUACUGGUGAACCCGAACGUGGUGCCUAUUUCGUUCAAGAUUGGCGGAGGCGGCGUGCACGAGCAGCCCGUGAUCCCAACGCCGAAUGUUCCAAUCAACAUACCGUCGCUUCAGAAUCAACCGAUUCACAAUCUGACCAUCAAGGAUCAGCACCUCUUGAAGCCACCGACCGUAAUGGGGGCCACGAGUUCCUUUGGUCGAAGGGCAUCCGAUGGGGGCGCCAACCUACAAAUCUAUUACCCAUCGUCGUCCAGUAGCAACUUCCCGGAUCAGUCGCAGCAUCAACAGCAACAACAGCAGCAGCAGCAACAGGUGCAAUCUUCACAAGACGGUGCUUUGCUCGCGAUCGGGACUGGCGUCUCGGGUGUUGCCAUUGCCGGGGUCAAUAGUCCUGCUCUUGUCGUCGACCAUCUAAUGUUGCAGACACCGAGCAGCGAAGGAAACGACGAUUCAAACGAUGAAAUUCAAAGGUACAUGCACGGUCGCGGAUGCACCAAGCGCCACACGGUCGGCUGUACGGAUGAUCUUUCGGUCGGAAGCGCGUCGCCGAUGGAACCACCUCAGGCGCACUCACCCGCUCCCGGCUCUACGGGUAGCGGUGCGACCGGUGGUGGCCGCACCCGUCGUACCGGUUUGCUAACCGUGAUGGAACGUCCUCCGGUGAUAAGCCCGGAUCUGAUACGGGAAGUGGAGGCUCGCAUGAACCGCGACUACUUGCCCCCUUCGCUGCUAUCAUCCGGUACUGUGCCGGUGAUGAGCGGAAAACAUUCGGCCGGCUCCGGUCCGCUUGGUGGGCCCGUCACCAAACAUCCCGCCGUGGCUGGUGGAGCGGCCGGAUUCCAACAGCACCCGUACCAUCAGCAGGUGUUGGCCAUGGCUUCGAUUCAACCGGGCCACGGUACACAGGCUGGUGGCGCUGCUCCGCUUGCUCACCAGCAACACCAUCUGCAUCAGCAUUCCUCGCAACAACAGCUGCCGCAACCGCAGCAGCCACAACAGGCACCACCUCAAACGGCGACACCGCAGCAACUGCAGCAACUCUGCAGCGGUGGCCGAAGAUACGUGCGCACUUGUAAGCUACCGACCGUGCAGGAAAUCGGUCGCUACAGUCCGGUACGCCGAGCGUCGGAAGGUUCGCGUAUAACGUCCCAAGUACAAGGCCCGUUCCAGGAGUGCCAGCAGCUGCAGAAAGGAUUACACGCCGCCGCCCUGGCCCAACAGCAACAGCAGUUGCAGCAGCCACACCGCAACAACAAUCUGCUCAUCGCACCGAACCCUCCGCUAGCGGACAACUCGGUCAGUCUGCCGGGUUCACCGAUGCACUGCAAGACGUUCGUUUCGGCGACACCGGACGGUACCGAUUCACAGCCACACUUGACCGUACCGCACGAUGUACUGCUCUCGCUUAUGCCCGCCCUGGAGCGGUUGGUGCAAGAGAACCGAUUACCGGUCGAGACCGCCAACGGGAUCGUCAACACGCGUACCAUCCCGUACGAGGUGGGCCACCAGCUGGGGAUCGUUCGAGGCGGAGCGGGAACUGGCAGCGGCGCCACAGCCUGCGGAGCGCACGAUAUCGGUCUGCUGCAGCUGCAGCACAGUCAAAGUGUUUCACCGUUAAAUUCUGCGUUACGAACUUCCGGUGGCUAUCCGGGUGCCGUCGGUCGUCCUUCUGGCCUUACGAUGGGUGGACUACAGCCGAGUUACAUCGCCGGCGGCGGCUGCGGCGCUGGAGGUGCAGUGUUUGGAACGUUCGGCAAUCCGUACGGUGGUGGAUUCUCCAAUCUGAAUGCCCCCAUUAGUGCGGGAGGUAUGUGCCAUUUGGCCGGUCUCGAGUACCCCGGAAGCAGCAGCAACAGCGGAUGUCCUUCGCCGGUGUACUAUACCAGCGGAUGCUCUUCACCAAUCCUUCCCGGGCCUCCGAUCACGACGAUCGGAACAGGUGGCUCCGGUGGUGUUGGGUGCACUUCCGGUGGCAGCGGUGCUGCGUCACCGAUGCACCAGAUCACCCGUGGAAUCAGCUCGCUAACGACGGGCGGUAGUGGUGGCGGUGGCUCGAUUACGAGAGGAACUCCGGCCGGUUUCCCACCGUCAUCGGUCGCCUGCCAUGAACCGCUCGAUCUCAGCAUGGACAUCGUCAACAGUGUGGAGAUUGAUUACAGUGGCCGCGGUGCAGGAGGAGCCCUCUUCUCCGGGCCGACCACCCCGGUGAACUAUUUCGAUCCGAAAAACUACGCCCUUUUGCCUCCUCCGCCACCCCAAACGCUGCGGAUUUCGGCAACACCGCCAACGUCGCCAAACCUGUGCAUCAUUCAGGAGGAGCACGCCACAGCGGCGGCAGCGUCCGCUGUGGGGGGACCAGGGUUCCGGUGCCAUUCGGUUGCCGGGUCACCGGAGGACCUGACGUUCCAGCACACGCACCCACAGAUUUGCCUGACCGAUGUGCAGGGCAGCGAGAUAACGCUGGUCGCGCUAUCGGACUCGAGCCGCGGAGGAAGCGAUGAUUCGCUAAACUGUGCCACCGGUGGGAGCGGAACAAUGACCGCCUCGUCGGGGUUGGGCUUCUCGGGGCUGCUCAUCACGGACCCGCCGGGCGAUAUGCCGUCGAUAACGCGUGGCGUUGGCCGGAAGGCGAGCCUCGACACGGAGAACAACUCGACCGCAACGUCCACGUCGACGAACUCGGCCAAGCUGGACACGUCGGACGCGAGCGAAUCGUACGUCCGGCGGGGCAGUGACAAAUCGCUCGGCUUUAGUGAUGACAGUUUGAGCAACGAUUCGAACCCCUCGACGAACCUCUCGCCGGGGCAGGAACCGUCGGCGGCCAGCUCGGGGUUUAAGAGCGGGGACGCGUCGGAGCAGGAUGCUUCGGCCCGUCUCAGCCCGGACUCGCUCGGAGAGGCCGGCUCAUCGAAGGGUGGUGCUGGGAGUUCGGACGAGUGCUACGAGUUGCCACUGCCGCAAGAGUGUUCCACGCUCGAUUCGGCCCGCAUUCUCGAGCUUGUGAAGCGAACGCUAGAUUCGACGAUGCUACCGAAGGGCUGUGUCUACGGGUUCACCGGUAGUGCCGCGACUGGCCAUGGGAGCAAUGGUAAUCGAUCGACGCAACCCGACGCAGCUGUGCCGCUCACGUCCGAUGGCCACGUUGGUGACCGUGCGAAUGGCGAGGGAAGCAGCGCCGUUUCCGUGCGAGACACCGGAGAAUCGAAUCUGAGCCUGGAAUUCUCGGGCGGGCUACAGAUCGAAUUGCAGGUCUACGAGGGACGCAGCAAGGACAGCAACACGAGCAAGGGCAUCAAACUGCGUCGCAUUUCCGGCGAUCAGUACGAGUACGGGAAGCUCUGCCAGCAGCUCAUCACCUCGCUAACGGUCUAGGAUGGUUGCAAACGGGACAGUGAAAGCUUAAGCGGGAGCGAAGCGCGUGGCGGUGGCGUGCGGACACAACACCCCAAAAGGCCAACAGUAGAUAGUUGCUUUUCACUUUCCCGCGUGUGUGUUUCUGUGUACAGAAGACGCGUACUGUACA